AUGCUCUUUACCCGGGGUGUCUCUCCGCGGAGGAUCACACCCGUCCUCCGAAAAGCAUAUAGAAAUGUGCCCCUCGUAUCCGCCAUAACGAUACUGAUGCUCCUUGCUCAUUAUUUCCAAGACCCCCUUCACGAACUCAUCCAUUAUGUGCACCAGAUACACCCGUGGUCGGGUCAGCGCCAAAUCGAGCAGCCCUUCAGCCCGACCGAGGGGGAGCUGGCCUGUCUCCGUGGCGCAACGAAGCCUCAUGACCUGGUUGCCGGGUCAGACAGCUCCUCCAACUCCUCCAGGAUCCCCAACGUCGUGCGCUUCACGUACGUGUUUCAAGAACCGCUCGCCCAAAAACACGGCAUCCAGUUCGACUUCGUAAACUAUCUCGCUGUGCGCAGCGCCAUCGUUACCCUUCGCCCCGACGAACUCUACCUCCACUACGCCCUUCUCUCGCCCUCGGGCAACUCGGUCAACUCCAAGCUGCACCCCCUCACCAACCCAUGGAUCAGACGUCUGGGAGGCGACAUCCGCCUCGUGGAACACAAAAUCGAGAACCCGCACGGUGAGCCGGUUCACCGGCUACACGACCUCGCGCGGCUACAAAUCCUCCGCGACAACGGCGGCAUACUUCUCGACGCCGACUCCUUCGCCCUCAAGCCGUUUACGAACAUUCUCGACACGCCAACCCCCCAGGACGCGGUGCUGGGCUACGAAGGCGGCAACCGAUGGGGAAUGCGCAACGCCGUCAUGGUCGCCCGCAAAAACAGCACCUUUAUAAACGACUGGUUGGACGAGCUUACCCACGCCCGGCCCCGUCGCCAAAUCAGCCACGAAAGCGUCACUCUGCCCAAGCAACUGGCGAGUAGGAAGCCGGCGGCGCUGUGUGCCUUGUCGCCGCGCGCGUUUUUCUGGCCGACUUGGACGUGGAGGCAUGUAGGCUGGAUGCACGAGGAGCUGAGCGAUGAGUAG